AUGGCGGAGACACACCUACAGGAAUCCCUGCUCGCUAUCGCUGCCACCACCAUGGAUCAGAUGCAAGCCUUACCUACGGUCAACAGUGCUGCUGAUGGCAGUGAAAGCGAAAAGACGACAUCCAUCCCCGCUGACAGCAAGAGGGACAGUAAGGAACAACACCUUGGCGACAAGGUUGCCGGCGUCGCUACUGCGGACCAGGAAGGCGACGAGCUGACGGGCACGACACAGCUCCAGAUCGUCAAGGGCAACCCGGUCAUCCGUAACGGCUUGGACGUGUCGCGCUUCAUUGUCUCGAUCCGCGAUGAUGAGGACCCCGCGGUAACAUUCCGAGCGAUCUUUCUGGGCACCGUCUUUACCGCAUUCGCAGCCGUCAUCACGAUGAUCUACGUCUUCAAACCAGUGCAGAUGCAGGUUUCCGCGGUCUUUCUCCAAUUACUCAUUUACGUCUUCGGUGUCGCCUGGGCCAAGCUGACACCGAAUCCCGGGAAGAUUAAGAAUCGGCCAGUGCGCUCCGUCCUGACAUUUCUCAAUUUUGGUCAACCCUUCAAGAUCAAGGAGCACGUCAUUGCGUCCCUCAUUUCGGCGUCUCGAAACAAUGGGCUGUCGGGAGUCGAAAUCUACGCCGUGCAAAAUCUGUUCUACGACAAGCCGCUCUCGGCGACCACCGCUGUCCUGGGCACGUUCUCGCUCACUCUGUGCGGCUUUGUCAUCGAGGGCGUGCUACGCUCGCUGAUCGUCUAUCCAUCUGAGGCAGUUUACUGGACGACACUCCCGCAACUCGCAAGCUCAAACGAGGGCAUCGGUUUCCUCAACUUCUCUCUUGACUGGCAGUACAUCACAUCCACAGCAAUGAGUCUGCCCCUCAAGCAACAAGCCAACUCGUGUGUCGGGUUCGUCAUAUUCCUCAUCAUGAUGCCCCUGCUCUACUACAAGGGUGUCUUCAAUACGAGGGACCUUCCCUUUAUGUCAUCAUCUCUCUUUAACCAAGACGGGAGCCGGUUCAAGGUGACCUCGGUGUUUGGCUCUAAUACCGAGAUUGACCUCUCGAAGCUAAAAGAAUUCGGUCUGCCGCGCAUCAACUCCAGCACAGCCUGGGGCUACCUGACGCAGAACAUCGCUAUCGGUGCAUUGAUUGCGCAUGUGUUCAUAUUCUAUCGCAAAAGCCUCUGGGUUUCUCUCAAGUCCGCACGUGCCGGUACCCUCGCCGAUCCGCAUUUCCUGGCCAUGCGCAAGUUCAAGGAGGUACCGAUAUGGUGGUAUGGUAUUAUUUUUCUGCUUGUAUUCAUUGCGGGUAUCGUCGUGAACGCCAUUGGCGAUACGACUCUCCCCAUAUGGGCCUUCAUCGUUGCACUCCUCUUUGGCGCUUUCAUGGCACCCUUCUCAUGCAUACUGUAUGCACUCUUUGGCACCGGAAUUGGCACCAAUCAGCUGUCCAAGUUGGUCGGCGGCGCACUAGUACCUGACCGUCCCUUGGCGAACCUCUACUUCGCUGCAUGGUCUCACCAACUCAUUCUUCUUGCUGUUAACCUCGCCAACUGGCUCAAAGUUGGCCAGUAUACGAAGAUCAGCCACCGUGCUAUGUUCUUCACGCAGAUCUAUGCAAGUCUGCUCGGCGCCGCGUUCAACUACAUUGUCAUGGCCGUCAUCGUCACCAGCAAGCGAGAGAUCCUGCUUGAUCCGAUCGGCAACAACGUUUGGAGCGGCGCGACCGUGCAGUCGCUCAACACGCAGGCGUUCACAUGGGCGCUUGCCAAGGACUUUUAUUCGCGUAACUCCAGCUACUUUAUCGUACCCAUCUCUUUGGUGAUAGGUCUCGCGUUUCCUGUCCUGCAUUGGCUGGCCAUCAAAGUGUGGCCGCGUCUUCGCAAUGUGCCUAUUACUACCCCGAUCAUUGCCAGCUACGCCGGCAUGGCCUACGUUGGGAGCACGUCGUACAUCUGCUCAACCGUUGUUGUCGGCCUGCUGAGUCAAUGGGUUUUCGGCAGACGCUACCCGGGCUGGCACAACAAGUACAACUACCUCAUCGGCGCAGCGCUCGAUGGCGGAAGUCAGACGGUCAUUUUCAUCCUUUCCUUUGCAGUUUAUGGCGCCAGCGGCGUCACGCGUAACUUCCCGACCUGGUUUGGCAACCCAGCCGGAAAUAUGGACCACUGCUUGUGA